UUAUCUAGUCACAACACUUGUCAAAUUCCGAUAAAUUUUGGUAGUAGCAUAAUGAACCUAAAGCAAAAAUUAAAAGCAAUGGAUGUCAAAACAUUCACGAUUGUGUCGCAUUUUCAUCGAAAAUAAACAGAAAGUUGUACUAUUGUUUUGGUAUUGUGUGUUUUAUAUGUGGCUACGAUGUCAGGUGGCCGUUUAGACGUAAUAUGGUCGCCUGUACAUCACGAUAAAUUUAUAAUAUGGGGUCCCGACAUAACCUUAUACGAAGUUGCGCGAAUAAAAGAGAUCGAAAAGAAAACUACUUUCACACCAAUAUCCUCAACCCGUGGUGCGACCAUAAUUGCAUCUCAGAGUGCAAGUGGUGUACGCUGUGUAGACAUCAGCGCUAUACCUGAGCAGCCCGAGCCUCUGCUAGCUCUGGGCUAUACUAGCGGGAAGGUCGCUCUCACUACACUCAAGCAAACUUAUGAUCCUUUGGGACUUGUUGGGAGAGAGUUUACGUCGCGUUACCAGCGGCUUUGCAACUCUGUGUCAUGGAGCCACGUGGAGACCAACAUGCUUGCGGUGGCCAUGGAGAAGCACCGCAGCGACCACUGCAUCCUUCUGUGGGACGUGAACAGAGGCUCUUCACCCGCCGACGAGGCUAGAGGUACAGACAGCGCGCACUCGCCGGCCGACCCGUCGAAGCCGCUCGCCGAAAUGGGCCUGUCGGAGGCGGCGCACAACGUGGCCUGGUCCAACUGCUCCAACCGAACGCUGCUCGCUUCCAUGAACUUGAAAUACAUCAAAAUAUUUGAUCUCAGAGACCUAUCGAACAAAGCGGUGAGCGUGACGACGAGCCGGCACUGCUACGGCGUGUGCGCAGACCCGUUCAACCCGUGGCAGCUGGCGUCGCGCGGCGAGGGCGCCGUGUGCGUGUGGGACGCGCGCAGCUUCGACCGGCCCGUGCUCACGCUGCUCCACCACAAGCCCGUGGCGCAUGUGCAGUGGUGCCCCACCAGGCGGAACCUGCUGCUGUCUCUACAGCGCGACUCGGCCACGCUCCGCCUCCACGACAUACAACAGGCGAACAACAACGCGAUCGAUAACAUGUUGGCAGCGACAGCAGUGGAAGCGGAGCUGGAGGAGUACUCGCGCGGCCCGAGCGUGCUGGAGCGCGAGGUGUCGCCGGGCGCGGGCGCGGGCGGGGGCGGCGGCGGGGGCGCGGGCGCGGGGGGCGCUCCCAUCGCCGCCUUCAGCUGGCACCCCGCGCACGAGGCCCGGCUGCUGGCCGUGUACGCCUCAGGUAUGAUAGCCGACUAUACAGUGUGCGAGCGCGUGACGGUGGCGUGGGGCUGCGGCGGCGGCGGCGGGGGAGGCGGGCUCGUGUGGACCGGCGCGGGCGGCACGCUGCGGCUCAUGCGCGACGAUUUCUACGCAGCCAUCCGAGACAUCUCCUACGUCAUGAGACGUCGUGCCACUACCGACUACGGGCUUAAGUCAGACUUGUGGCAGAACGCGGACCUGGCCGACGACGAUGCGCUGAGCGGGCUGUGGCACUUCAUGGCGCUGAGCAAGUCCCUCGUGGAGGACGGGUGCAUCCGCGGCAGCCCGUGGCGCCACCCCGGCGUGCGCGGCGUGCUGCGGUCGGCGGGCGAGGGCGGCUACCGCUCCGAGGCCGUGCCGUCGCUGCUGCCCGACCUGCCGGCGCGCCGCGUCACGGUGUUCCGCUCGGGCGAGCGCACGCGCGCGCUGCACCUGUGCGGCUGGGGCUGGGGCUGGGACAACGCCGCGGCCGGCGUGGAGCGCGCCGAGGCCGAGGGCACGCCGUGCCGCGCCGCCGCCAUCGCCGCCUUCCACCUCAAGCUGCGCGCCGCGCUCGACGUGCUGGCGCGCGCGCACGAGCCGCAGCUGCGCGUCGUGGGGCUGGCGCUGGCCGGCCUCAGCGAGGAGCGGCUGUGGCGCGAGGCGCUGGCGGCGGGCGCGCCGGCGCUGCCCGACGCCUACCUGCGCGCGCUGCUGCACUUCCUGGCCGCGUCGGCGCCGGCGCACCCCGCGCACCACGCCGCGCCCGCCGCGCAGCCCGACCUCAGCGCCGUGCUGAACGAGACGGAGAUGCGGCUGGAGGACCGCGUGGCGUUCGCGUGCAUCUUCCUGUCGGACGCGAAGCUGCACGAGUACGUGAAGCACACGUGCGACCAGCUCGUCGAGCAGGGCGACCUCUCCGGGAUACUGCUCACAGGCACGAGUCCGGAGGGCAUCUCGCUGCUGCAGCGCUGGGUGGAGGUGUCGGGCGACGUGCAGUCCGCCGCGCUGCUCGCCGCGCGCUGCUUCACGCCCGACCUGCUCAAGGACCACCGCGUGCAGCACUGGCUCGACAGCUACCGCAACCUGUUGGACGGGUGGCAGCUGUGGUGGGCGCGGUGUGCGCUGGACACGUGGGUGAUGGCGGGCGCGGCGGGCGCGGCGGGGCCGGGCGCGGGCGGCGGCGCGGGGGGCGCGCCCGAGGGCGCCGCCGCGCGCCGCGUGUGCGUCGCCUGCACCUACUGCGGCAAGUCCGUGGCCGCGCCGCCCGGGCCCGCGCGCCCCCGCGCCGCGCUCGCGCGCCUGCCGCCGCCCGCCGCCAAGAUGAAGCAAAUCUCAGCGUGUCCGAACUGCCGCAAGCCUCUGCCCCGGUGCGGGGUGUGCUCGCUGCACCUGGGCACGGCGGCGGGGGGCGCGGGCGGCGCGGCGGGGGCGGCGGGGGGCGCGGCGGGGGCGGCGGGGGGCGCGCCCUUUGCGGGCUGGUUCAGCUGGUGCGUGGCGUGCCGGCACGGGGGACACGCCGCGCAUCUCCUCACGUGGUUCAAAGAGCACACAGAAUGUCCUGUUAGUUCCUGCAACUGCCACUGCAGCACCCUGGACCCUCCCGACAGACUCUAGCGGCCGCCCCUGACCUCACUCGGUGCUAUGCUUGUAAGGUGACAUCUAAAGACGAAGUAAAAAUUGAUAGUUUUGUUACUCAAUGAGAGAUGGCGCUUUCUUAUAUUAUUAGUUGAGACGCGAACACAUUUUUGAUUAAGUACAGGGUUAUUUGUAAGCUAUUUUUGUGGGAAAUAUGUAAGACACGUAAUGCAUACAGUCCAAAAUACAAUGCAUGGACUGCGUAAUAUUCAAACAAAAUUUACCAUUAUGUGGCUAUGACAGCAAUGUGACGUAGAAUGAGUCAUUUAUUGACAUCACUCGCUUCUAUCUCAGUCUCAGCGAACAUUUACUAAACAGGCGCAGUCCAUUCCCUAAUUCACUUCAUAAACGAUCCUAAUAGCUACUUUCGGAUCGAUAGCGAAAAUGGACCAAUCAGAAUUGAUUGAUUUAUUCUCGGAUUGAUCCGUAGUCGGCGAUUACGAUCCUUUAUAAGUUAGAUUUAUGAUUUUUUCUCGAUGAAAUUAUUGAAAGACCGUUAUUUAAUUAUUUUGCUAUAAAUUAUGUUAUUCUAAAACUUUUUAAGUGUUUUAAAUGUGCAACUUUUAUCAGAUGAUAUAAUUUUAUUGUCUUAUAUUCAAAACAGCAUAUUAUUGGCUUAAUGUAUAGAUUGUCAUCGCGUUAUAUUUUUUCAGCGAAGGCAGUGUGUGUUUAGUGUUGCAUUUAUCGAAGACUGUUUACUGCGUACUAUCUAGUCGAUAAUUCAUACUAUAGGUUCAUUAUCCAAACUAGUCGUUUAAGUGACAGUAUAUUUGGACUAGGAAAAAAAAAUGCUUUGUGAUCGCCACUUUUACUUUUAGGUUUUAAAGUUUAUGUUGCCAGUACAAGAAAUUGGUUCCAUAUCUUACCACAGCAUGGCAAGGAUUUCUAUUUCCUGGUCAGACUAUACUAUCUUCUAGUUUGCUCUGAAGUUGGCUAGAUACGGACAGCAAUGGCGCAUGUGCAUAUUUGUCGAUAACUUCAGAAUAACUUAAAAAGUUUGCGACUACUUCACCUCCACGUACACAAACGGCUCGUUUAGAUAACAUUUAACUACGUUGCUUGGCUAAACAGAGUAUAAUCUACCUCCUUGUAUUUCUCUUUGUAUGUAAUUAUACGGUGCGCUAAUGAAGAUUUUUCAACAUACCAUAAUUUUUAAUAAAACCAGACGAUAUUAAAAUUUGUUGACAUUUAUUUUUGGGUGAUAUUUUCGGCUCAGAUUUUCGGUGACAUGAUAGCUUCAAAUAGAGAUGUUAAAUUCUCUGACAGAAUAUAUGAUUUUUUUAAUCCAAUAUUGAGAAUGAAUUAUUUCUAGGACACGUUAGCUGCCAGGGUUGGACUACGAAAUCUGAAUAGGUAGUUUCGUUGACAUGGAUGGGAUAAUUAAGACUCAACUUUAUUAACUUGGCAUACUGUUGAAAUUUGUUUGGUAAGCAAUAGUUGAAAUGCUUUUUGUUCUGAACUAGGCGCUCUAAUCAGCUUCUUAUGUGGCUAUUCUUUAAACUAACAUUAACAGUAAAUCAAGCUAAUAAGGUUGCAUUUAAAAUAUCUUUUUGCCAACACCAGAACUUCCAUUUUAAAUCGUAACAGUAGUCUUUAUGUUAUUUGUAAGGAGGUGUAAACUGUAAAUAGAGAUAAAUAUUUUUUUAUGUAACUUGUGUAGCCAGUUUUAAGUUUUUUUUUAUAAAUUGUGUUAAUUCCACUCUUCUCUUGCGGGAAGUUGCGUUGUUUUUAUUUCGUGUAAUAAAAUAUUGACAUUUA